UCAUUAUAAAUGAACAUGAGGAGAAACUUUCCCACUCUUCUACUCCAUCGUUAUCAGAUCAAAAUGAAACCAAGAAACCAAAAUUCAACAUCAGAAGAUGAAACCCAGAUCGUCUCUCGUCGAAUCCAACGGUUGUCGUUCCAUCUGUCUCCAAUUGGACGCUCUCUACAUGAGUCUAACCAACUGGGCAUGAUGCCAUGUGCAAGGACUAAGGUAGAGGUGAAUAAAGAGAAACUGUCUUUGUACAUGAGAGGGAAGCAUAGGGAGAUACAAGAAAAGGUUUUUGCGUACUUUAAAUCAAGGCCAGAGUUGCAAACUCCAGUGGAGAUAUCAAGAAAUGAACAUAGAGAGCUUUGCUGGAGACAGUUAUUGGGUUUAGUCAGAGAGGCUGGAAUUAGGCCUCUUAAGUACAUAUCAGAAGAUCCUGCUAUUUAUUUUGCUAUUCUUGAAGCUGCUGGGAGUGUGGAUAUUUCUCUUGGGAUCAAGAUGGGUGUUCAGUAUAGUCUUUGGGGAGGGUCUAUAAUCAACAUAGGAACUAAAAAGCAUAGGGAUAAGUACUUUGAUGGUAUUGACAAUUUGGACUACCCGGGAUGUUUUGCUAUGACCGAGUUACAUCAUGGUUCAAAUGUUCAAGGCCUCCAAACCAUUGCUACAUUUGAUCCGCUUACAGAUGAAUUUGUAAUCAAUACUCCUCAUGAUGGAGCCAUCAAAUGGUGGAUUGGCAAUGCUGCAGUUCAUGGGAAGUUUGCCACUGUUUUUGCGAAGCUGAUGUUGCCUACUCAUGAUUCUAAAGGCACUUCUGACAUGGGUGUACAUACCUUUAUUGUUCCAAUAAGGGAUUUGAAUACCCAUCAGACCCUUCCAGGAAUUGAAAUUCAUGACUGUGGUCAUAAGGUUGGCCUGAAUGGGGUAGAUAAUGGAGCAUUGAGGUUCAGUUCAGUAAGAAUUCCCCGAGAUAAUCUUCUUAAUCGAUUCGGAGAUGUGUCUCGGGAGGGAAACUACACUAGCAGCCUUACAACCAUAAAUAAACGAUUUGCUGCUACUCUAGGGGAACUCGUUGGUGGAAGGGUUGGGCUUGCAUAUUCUUCAGUUGCUGUACUCAAGCUUGCUGGAACAAUUGCCAUCCGAUAUUCUUUGUUGCGCCAGCAGUUUGGUCCUCCCAAGCAGCCUGAAGUUAGCAUUCUUGAUUAUCAGUCUCAACAGCACAAGCUCAUGCCAAUGCUAGCUUCAACCUAUGCAUUCCAUUUUGUAACUUUACAUUUGGUAGAAAGAUAUUCUGAGAUGAAAAAGACUCAUGAUGAACAAUUAGUUGGAGACGUCCAUGCACUAUCUGCUGGCCUUAAAGCCUAUGUGACAUCAUUUACAGCAAAGUCAUUGAGUGUCUGCAGGGAAGCAUGUGGAGGCCAUGGGUAUGCUGCUGUUAACCGAUUUGGCAUCUUGAGAAAUGAUCAUGACAUUUUUCAGACAUUUGAAGGGGACAACACUGUGCUUCUACAACAGAUGGCAGCUGAUCUUUUGAAGCAAUACAAGGAGAAGUUCCAAGGUGGGACACUGGCAGUGACGUGGAACUAUUUGAAAGAAUCCAUGCAUACAUAUUUAUCUCAGCCAAAUCCUGUAACUGCAAGAUGGGAAGGUGAAGAACACCUAAGGGAUCCUAAAUUCCAGUUAGAUGCCUUCAGAUAUCGAACAUCUCGAUUACUUCAAAGUGUUGCUGUCCGACUCCGCAAGCAUUCUAAAACUCUUGGAAGCUUUGGUGCUUGGAAUCGGUGCUUGAAUCACCUUCUCACACUUGCAGAAUCUCACAUUGAAUCUGUGAUCCUUGCAAAGUUUAUUGAAGCUGUACAGAAUUGUCCUGAUCCUAGUUCUCGAGCGGCUUUGAAACUUGUUUGUGAUCUUUAUGCCUUGGAUCGGAUUUGGAGUGACAUAGGAACGUAUCGGAAUGUUGAUUACGUUGCACCAAACAAAGCCAAGGCUAUCCACAAGCUCACAGAAUAUCUUUGUUUCCAAGUGAGAAAUAUUGCUAGGGAACUUAUCGAUGCAUUUGAUCUUCCAGAUCAUGUAACACGGGCUCCAAUUGCCAUGAACUCUGACGCUUAUGGUCAAUACACUCAUUAUGUUGGAUUCUAAUCUAUAGCAGAAAGUAAGCUACAAGCUCAAGAUGCACAUUUGGGGGGACAGGGAUGGAUUACUUAUUUAUUUAUUUAUUCUUGUAUCUUAUUUCCCAUAAAAAUGUCAUUUGGCAGGGAAAAACAAUGCACUCAAACUCGAAGACUCUUAAUCCCAUUGUUUUUCUCUCUGCAGUAUACAUAUAAAGUAUCUCUAGUCCCCUUCAGAAA